AUGGCUGAUACAUCUAUUUCCCCUUCGUCUAUUGACGACAGUGAAAAGGGGGUAUUAGCAGGAAAACGAACUCAUGAUGAAAGACCUGCUACGAAGUUUACCCGGUGUCGGACGGGGUGUUUGCGGUGUAGGACUAGGAGGAGGAAGUGCGACGAGACUAAGCCCCGGUGUCGGAAUUGCAUCGAGAAGAACCUGGUUUGUCGCUAUGGUGUCCAGGUGACGUUUUUACCGAAGAAUACCUUCACCGUUGCGGAGGGGGAGCUGUGUACGAGUACGAAUAUGAAGAAGAUUGAGACAGAAGAGAGGGUUGUGCGGAGAGAAGAGCGGCAGAGGAAGGGGAGGUGGAGGUGGGUUAAGUUUGUGAAUGAGGAUCCUACGGUGGGUGGGGAUGAUGUUGUAGAUGAGGAUAGUAUGAGCGACGGUGUGAGGGCCUCGGGAGAUGAGACUGUGUUGGCUCCAUCUAGAAUUGGUUCUGAGGUCGAUAUUGGUGAUGAUGGCCUGCAUGGCUCUCCUGCUAUGCACUCUUCGUUGAUUGCCAAUAAGGCAUUCAGCGAUAGGGACAGAACCGCUGUACAUGGGCUUCUUGCUUUGGGAACAAGCGAUGGUGUCAAUAAUCAUAGGGCUGCUCAGGACAAAGGGUAUGGAAUGACUGGUUCUGAUUUUGUCUCAUCAGAGCUAGUGGCUAGUACACCUGCGGUGAUGAAGCAUGCUCCUAGCUUUGUGGGGUCUUCUGAGAGGCUGCCUUCAAGCAUAAGUGCCAAUCCUACAACAGAUACGGCAAAGCUGAAGCUGUUAUGUCACUACCGGUACCAUGUAGCACCAUGGCUCGAUAUCUGCGAUCUCACUCAACCAUUCGGUAUCACUGCUGUCCAGAUGACACUCAGCUCGGAGCCGCUCAUGACAGCUCUGCUGGGACUUUCCGAUGCUUGCGUUAUCCAUAAGAAUAUGGGGAACCAGCAAACGUCGUAUCUUAGCCGUAUAGAUCAGUGGACUCGUCCGCUGUGGUCAGAAAGCUUCACUUUAACUGCUGAGAAUGCUUUGGCGGCCGUGCUAGAAGAGACGAGAUGGCUUGUCACCGAUAUCGCUCAGACUUGGAAGAACAUGCAGAAACUCAGGACACGGAAUCUCGAGCUAUUGGCUCAUCAAGCGCUGGAUCCGGGUAUUGCGUCAUCUAUCUACUGGAUGUUCUUCCGCUUAGACUUGAGUGCAGCGCUCGCAAACGACAGACCAAUUGAAACACAACUUCCGAUGUUCCCGUUACCUAGCUUACUGGUCCUGUCGAAGAUAGAAGAAGUCCGGGAAAGAACCCGAGCGUAUGCCCAUGUCCUUCUCUGGCUGUGUGGGAAAGCUCUGAUGAUAUAUCACCCGGAGACCAUCCCCGGCCAGUUUGCAGCUCCACAACAGCUACCUGAUAGCUGGCUAGAUGUUUUUGAUGCAAUUGAGCAAUGGUACCAUCUGCGGCCACACGAAUUCCAACCUAUGGUAGAUUUGGGUGUUGAUGAUCAACUUGCCCAGGCCGAAAGUGGAUUUCCGCUGCUGCUAUUCGCAAACGGGACGGGUGCCUUCUGCAAUCAGUUGUACCAUACUGCCAUGCUACUUUUGCUGCAGUCGUAUCUGUGGCAUCGCACUGAAUAA